AUGAAAGCGGAUGCGAAAAAAAAAUUGGUAAAGAAAGCUAUGAAAUUGAUCAAUACUGAGAAUGCUAUCGAUGGUACCACACGUUUUGAAGAUAUUGCGAGUGAAAAGGUUCAUUUUACGUUUUUUUGGGGAACGCAUCUAAGUGACGAGCAGUUUGAAUGGGUUUUCCAGUUGUUCGUGACUAAUAUGCGUACAAUGUAUCAAAUCUCUCAAUGGGGUUAUGAUGAAGUAAGCAAAAAGCAAGAAUUUCGAGCUACAACGUCGAGAUAUAUCAUUGCGAAGAAUCAAAAUGAUAAGCCGAUUGCUUAUUUGCAUUAUCGUUUUGAUAUUGAUUUCGAUUCAGCUGUAUUAUAUUGUUAUGAGAUACAGGUGGAGAGCGCGCAUCAGGUUAAAGGUGUUGGGACGGCUCUUUUGUCUAUUGCUGAAUGCCUUGCAAAAAAGAUGUCAAUGGACAAAUUGAUGGCUACAGUGUUUACAUUUAAUGGGAAUUCGCUCGCAUUCUUUCACAAGAAUGGCUUUAGUAUUGAUCCAUCAUGUCCAGACGAUGGUGAUUAUGUGAUUUUAUCAAAACCGUUAUCUGACUGA